GCCCCUCCCACUUUCUCACAUAUUUUCGGGAUGAAGCUUUUUCGGACACGGCUAACGUUCAGGCUAACAUUUUUGACGCAAAUACCCGAACAACGUGCGUGUUUUGGACAUGUUUUAACAUUUAACGACGCAAGUGGUGGACUUCACAUGGAAGCGGAACCGACACCGGAACGGCAUAUUUAUUCUUUAAACCACACGUAUAAGUUAACUGGACAUUUUAAGUGAAACGAUGGCAAAUAGGAGGAUCUUAAUUCAAUGGAAAAACUAUUAAAAUAAAAGAGCUAACAUUAAUGGAGAGUCGACACUGGACUAAUAUGCCGCUCCGACUUUAUUUGUGGUCGCUUUUGGGGCUUGUUCUGUUCUGGACAGAACUCCCACUGGGUUCUCGGGCCGACUCGACACUUAGUCCCGCAAAGACUCUUGUCUGGGGGCCGGGACUGAAGGCAAACAUUGUCCUGCCAGCCCGUUUUUUCUUUAUCCAGGCUGUUGACACCUCGGGGAGAAAUCUAACGUCAUCGCCGGGGGAGAAAACCUUCGAGGUGAAGAUCUUGUCCCCAUCGGAGCACUUCAUCAGGAUCUGGAUUCAGGUCCUGGAUCGUCAAGAUGGGACUUUCCUAGUUCGCUACCGAAUGUACGCCAGCUACAUGGAUCUUCACGUCCACGUUCUGCACAUGGAUCGGCAUGUGGCCAAGUCUCCAUACAUUCUCAAAGGACCAGUCUACCAUGAGGGUUGUGACUGUCCCCAACCUGACGGCGCCGUUUGGCAGUCCCACAUGCGCUGUCCUCACUCCUUUCCCCAGAUAGAGCACGACUUGUCCCAUUUCGCCAACGUCGACCCAGAUCGCAACGCUCGGGAGAUCCCGCAGCGCUUCGGGCAGCGCCAAAGCCUCUGCCAUUACACAAUCAAAGAGAACAAGGUCUACGUUCAAACACUUGGCGAGCACGUAGGUUUCCGAAUCUUUAUGGAUGCCAUCCUUCUGUCACUUAGCAGAAAGGUCAAGUUACCCGACAUGGAGUUUUUCGUGAACCUGGGCGACUGGCCGCUCGAGAAGAGGAAACCCCCUCAGAACAUUCAUCCAAUCUUUUCUUGGUGUGGCUCAAACAACACCAGAGAUAUUGUCAUGCCCACGUACGACCUGACCGAGUCUGUCCUCGAGACCAUGGGGAGAGUGAGCCUGGACAUGAUGUCGGUGCAGGCAAAUACGGGACCACCGUGGGCCAAGAAAAACGCCACAGCCUUCUGGCGGGGGCGGGACAGUCGUCAGGAGCGUCUGGAGCUCGUCAAGCUGUCCAGGGCCCACCCCCACACCAUAGAUGCCGCCUUCACCAACUUCUUCUUCUUCAAGCACGACGAGAGCUUAUACGGCCCACUGGUCAAGCACGUGUCAUUCUUUGACUUCUUCAAGUACAAGUACCAAAUAAACAUUGACGGCACCGUGGCAGCGUAUCGCUUGCCGUACCUCCUGGCCGGAGACAGUGUGGUGCUCAAGCAGGAUUCCGGCUACUACGAGCAUUUUUACAACGAGCUCAUACCGUGGGAACAUUACAUCCCAGUCAGGGCGGACCUCCAAGAUCUGCUGGAAAAGAUCCAGUGGGCAAAAGACCAUGAUGAAGAGGCCAAGAAAAUUGCUCUCGCGGGUCAACAGUUUGCACGCAAACGACUAAUGGGAGAUAAAAUAUUUUGUUAUUAUUAUAAACUUUUCCAGGAGUACGCGAAACUCCAGGUGACUGAACCAAAGAUACGUGAGGGCAUGGAGUUGGUGGAACAUCCCAGUGACGACCUAUUUCCGUGUUCCUGCCUCCGGAAGCAGGUGAAGGAUGAACUUUGACAGACAUUACUUCCAUGAAGAUUGCCAUCCUUUUUUUAAUUUUAUUUUAUUUUAUACUGUAUUGCCACAUAUUCAGAGACAGUCCUGGACCAAAUGGUGUCCUUUUGGAAUAUGGAAGUGCCUAACCCAGAAAAUACCCACACAAUUAAACGGAGAACAUGAAAACACACCGGAAGGCAGAAGCCAAAAUUAUAACUGUGAGGCCAACGUGCAAAAACCAAUCAAUAUCGGUGUACUGUACCUUGUUGUGGCCCUGCUCGCAAAUGAAACCAAUGAUUGAAUCAACUGGUGUUCAGAGACUGGUUUUCUUCUAUGGAAGUAAUUAUGUGCCACCAGGAUUUGAAUUGUAAAUGCCAAUGAAAAUGUUAUGUUGUGAAAUUCACAUGUCAAAAUGAUCACAUUUUCAAGAGCUGUAUUUCAGUUUAACUUUUGAAUGUGAACAAAUUCGCCAUAUAAAAAAAAAAAAAUCAACCUUUAAAAUUCAAAUGCAAUAUUUUCAGUCUCCUGGGAUUCAACUGGCUACAAUUCCCUGUCUAAAAUUCGCCGUCUAAAUUCAGUGUUAAGAAUGCAGGGUUACUUCAAGUUAGAAUCCAGUUACGUUUUCUUAGUACGUGGCGUCACGUGACUAAGCAAAUAUUGCAUUUGAAUUUUAAAAGUUGAAUUUUUUUUUAUAUGGUGAAUUUGUUAACAAUGAAAAGUUAAACUGAAAUACAGCUCUUGAAAAUGCGAUCACUUUGAAAUGACAAUGUGCAUUUUACAACAUAAAAUUUUCAGUGGCAUUUUCAAUUCAAAUCCUGGUGGCACAUAUUGACUUCCAUAUUCUUCCACUCACUUUUAGAAAAAGAAAAUGUCGCCCUCUGCUGGCUAUUGUAUAGAGCGCUUUGUGAUUAUGACGCAUUUCCGCCUGAGGAACCGGAUGUUGUUUAAGUUCGUGCCAGUCGGAGAUGGAGACGUUUUGCGAGGUAAAAACAAAAAUUUUGAAUCACUCAUCGUCGUACUUACUGAACUGAGUCAGUAUAUACACGUAUCAAAGUAGUAUGCAAACAUACUACAUGACAACAAACCACGACCUCAAAUAUGACAACAAUUUUCAGGAGUACAAGUGGCACGCCGGGUUUGAAACUCUUAGUCGAAUUUUAAACCCUCGCGUGACACCAAUGAAGGAAAAGCGUUAGCUUUGUUGUUAACGACAUUGCCGUUGCAAACUCACCACCUUACAUUGCUAGUUUAUUAGCUUGUCUGCUGUUUAAAUUAAAUAAAGUGGGGUACACCCAAUGACGUUGAUGCGUGGUAAAACUAGGCAAACUGGCAUCACAACUUUUCUCAUGAAAUAGAGCCAUAUUCCCGUUUACGACUUAUAGUUUUCUUUCCAUGCUCAAUUUUUUUUACAUUUUUAAUUUUAUUUUCUGCAUGCCUGUCCCCUGAGUGAUAAAUUCAGCUUCAUUUUGUUGUAUUGUCAGUGU